GCUGCCCAUUAGUGCAGAGGAAAGUAUGGAGGAGAUCCAGCAACGAAAGAGAAAGAAAACGAGAAGGGGCUCUGAAUUAUGUCGCUCCACUCCUCUCCAAUCGGCCGAUGAAGACGCUGCUCUGUGUCUGCUUCUAGCUUCAGUCUCCAAGAUCAACACUGGAGACCACUCCGACCCUCUUUUUUCCUUGGCGUUAGUCAGGAAAUGCUUGCGAAAAGUUCUCUCCUUUCUCUCGAAAUUGGAUGACCCAGGUUCGAGCUUUCGGAAGAUACCCCUCACUGCCCUUUUCUCUGUGCUUCCUGUUCUGCUCAAAUCCAACAAUCCGGAUAUUGCCUGUCUUUGUGCUAAGGUUGUGGGAAUGGCCUCGCUCUGCGUGUUCGAAAUGAACCAACAAAUCGCUUCGGAUGCGGAAAUUUUGGAAAGCCUAGUAUCGGGUUUGAGGAGUUCAAGUAGGAGAGUCAAAUUGAGUGCGUGCUGUGCCGUUUCGGAUUUGUCGACUAGUUUGGUUGGGCGGCAGAGGCUUCUUGAGCAUUCUGCUUUGGAGACUCUCAUUCUCCUGCCCACCUAUUGCUUCUGAUGAGCUGGACAUCCUCAAUUUCCUAAAAAAACGAGAGAGAUAGCUUGGGUAUGCCCAUAAUCUACCAGUAGGAUAUAAGGGUGCUAAAAGCAGAGAGACUCUCUAACACUGAGAAACAUCUUUUCCUCGAGAGCUUGAGUUCUUGCACUGAGUCUCAUCAUGUUUUUAGCUUUGAUGAUGUAUUCACAUGUGAAGAAGCGUACAAAGAUGGUUAUACAGUGGCCAUGCGUGGUAUAGAGUUCCGCUUUAAGUCCAUCGCUGCUAUCACUGAAGGCUUAGCGUCUUUGUUUGGUCAACCGUCUGUAGGUGCCAAUCUAUACUUGACACCACGCAAUUCUCAGGGGUUGGCACGGCACUACGAUGAUCAUUGUGUGCUUGUGUGUCAACUUAUGGGAACGAAACAGUGGACAAUUUCCUCUCCAAGGAAUAAGCUUUUACCUCGUUUAUAUGAGCCGCUUGAUGGUUCCCAAGGUUCAAAUGUUCAUACUGUACCAAAUGAAUGUACACAAAUUCUGCUCAAGGAAGGAGAUAUAUUGUACAUUCCUAGAGGUUACAUUCACGAGGCUCAUACUACUAAUGAUGUACAAAAAGAUUCUGCUGGUCUUUCCUUACACCUAACACUUGCCAUUGAGGUUGAAGCUCCAUUUGAGUAAGUUCUUGUUUGCACGGUUUUUUGUUUGAUUAAGUGAGAAGUCCUGAUAUCCAUUUUUUCUUAUGCUUAUCGUUAUGAUGUAAAGUUUGCAUUUUGUAGAGACUCUUUUCAUAUGCCAUUCUGAGAUUUUAAC